AUGGAUUUUCGACCGCGGCGUCCUAACCGUUAUGAUCGCGGCGAUGAUCGAAUGACGGAGAUGCCUGGCGUUGGCCUAGUUCCUAAUAGACCGCGCUCACAGAGCCGUUUCGUCAAUCAAAGAGAUUCUGACGAGCGUCCUCGACGACAUGACCUCACCGAUGAGGGAAGCCAGUCAGCAUUGGCGCAGCGAGGAAGAAGAUACCAGCCGUCCCAACAGGAGAGCUCGGGCAAUCCCCGGGCGAAAGAGAGGGAUAAAAUCCCUAUACGCGCAGAAAUUGAGAGGUUUGUGCCGGAGUAUCACAAUUCGAUGCAAUUCCUCGCUGAGAGCUUUGCUCGCAGAAAGCGGGAGCUCAGCGACGAGGCCACACGGCAGGACGCCCUCAGCGGCAAAGGCGGCCAUGAAAAGAUUGAAUACACGGACCGUCACCUGUUCUAUGCUAGAGACCGACUGCGAUUGAACAGUAGGUUAUCACAGAGGAGAUCGCCGGAACCUGUUCGCGUCAAUUCAGAGGAACCCGAAGAACAGCCGAGUGAAGUACCACAAGACACUGACGAAAGCUCACCACCGAUCUCGCCACCUAACGAACAUGCACAAUCGGCGUCCGGUGAAGUGUCAGACAAUCCCGCGGAGUGCAGCUCACGUCCCCCAGGCUCAAGCCCGCCAGACCCAAGUGGAGGAAACAACAGUCACCGAGGUUGCAUUUGUCCGAUAGGUCUCGUCUGUCCAAACAAGGGGGAUCACAAAAUCGAUUGUCGGACGCUAGUACUCGAGUGGACCAAGUGGCAGUGGCUCCAGAUGCGAAAAUGCGCUGAAACACUGCCGCCGGACCGUCCCGCCGAAGACGAGCCCUUCAUCACCCUACAGGAGACCACACCGAUCGUCAGGCUACUCGAUCAGAUCCCCGUACGGGGACGCAUGACAAUGGCGAUUCGGCAUACCUUUGCCAAGAUCCAAGACUGGAUCAGGAUGAUGCAGAAUCAUUCAAUGACAGAAGAGAUUCUCAACGAGUCUCGCGUGCGUGAGCACUUGAAGAGGUUUCUAUCGGACGAUAACAAGGAGAUGCGGAGAGAAAAGGCUGUCCCAGAACAUAUCGUCGAAGACCUGACAAUCUUGUGUCGGAAGUGGGACCUUGGCGAUCUGGGGGUCCUCGCUCGUCGCGGGCUCGUGGAACGCGGACCUAACCGCAUGCUAUUUCCAGAUCCUGACUGGAAGUUCAAGCGCGACGCGGACUAUUUCGGCCACGGCCUCCUGGUCAACGGUCAGACCUGGUGUUACCGCGCCGAGAUGAUGCGGGACGGGGCUCACGCACCGAUCAUCGCGGGGAUCUCAGGCUCGAAGACGCAAGGGGCACGGAGUGUCGUGAUGGGAUAUCACGACCAAGGUCGAGAGGAAUACUACGCCGACGUCGACCAGGGCGACACGAUCUACUACUACGGCACAGCCCUGCGUCUGAAGGCCGGCGACACAGAGCCCACCAACCUCAAGGACACCGUCACCCAUCGCGUGGAGCGAAUCACAAGAAACUCAAGGGGCGAAGGUCCCACCAACGCGACCCUGUCCCUCUUCGAGUCGUACAGGACCGGUCGCCCCGUCCGGGUGUUCCGGUCGUGGCGACUGGCAGAGAUCGUCCCGCACCGGCCCGUCUCGGGCUUUCGCUACGAUGGCCUCUACAUCGUCACGGCCCCAGAACUGGUCAGAAUCGAGCGCCAGAUUUACCGCUUCAAGAUGGAGCGCAUGGCCACCGGCCAAGGCCCGCUGCGACACAGCGGCGCGCCGCUACGGCCAGAAGUCCAUCGAGCGAGCCGCAAACGCAGACGGGAUGGCGAGUGA